AAAAGAAUCGUACUUCCGGCACUGUUACGUUUUUUCACACUCUCUACCCGCGCGCAGCCUCCUUAGCAUCUCUUUCCGGCACAUCACAUUCAUUCAGUCUAUUACAAGCGCUGUCCGACCGCUUCACUACAGAAUUUUCUCGACGUUUCUCAGGUCGUCUAUAAUUAUGAAGGGAGCGAAAUUGGCCGUGGUUUUAAGCGUGUUUUUGACCUCCGUCCUCCUGACUGAGGCAGCGCGAAGCAGGAAAGACUCCAGCAGCCAGAACAGCUUCAGGAGGGCGGCCAGCGGUUUCUAUCAAACCCUCGGCAGUGUCUUCGGAGAGGAGAACAUCAGAGCGCUGUACAAGUUCUUCUCAAAAACUACAGAGAGGUUUGUUUAUGGAGUGGAUUCAUUAUUGGACACCUUGUGGAAACUGUGGGUGGAUCUGCUUGAUGUUAUGGGCAUUGACUCCUCUAACCUGACGCACUACUUCAGCCCAUCGUCCGUGUCCAGCUCUCCUGCUCGUGCUCUCCUCCUAGUGGCAGCCUUGCUGGUGGCUUACUGGUUCUUGUCCUUGUUCCUGAGUAGUUUCUUUUACAUCCUCCAUGUGAUGUUCGGCCGUUUCUUCUGGCUGGCCCGCAUGGCCCUUUUCGCCCUCUCGUGCCUGUACAUUCUGCAGAAAUUCGAGGGUGACCCUGAGAAAGCGGUGCUGCCGCUGUGCUUCAUCAUGGCCGUGUACUUCAUGACGGGACCAGUGGGAGCAUACUGGAGGAAAGGGAGUGGAUCUGGAACUCUGGAGGAGAAGAUCGACCACCUUGAUAACCAGAUUCGCCUUAUAAACAUCCGCUUGACCAGAGUCAUUGAAAACCUAGAGCACUCAAGUGACCAAUGAAAUGAUUUCCGCCCCAGGCUGAGGGUGAGAGCUGGGGUUUGUGGGAUGGGAUGAGAAGGAAAAAAAUUUUGUUUCGGCCCUUUUUUUCUCAGGAUGUCCCAACAUUUUAGUCAGGCAAGAAUUGUAUGUGACGUAUGGAAAUUUUAUAAAUUCCCUAGUUGAUAUGCUGAAAAAAGUCUAUUAGAUUCACCCUGUUGUCGUAGAAUUAUCACUGUCCAUUUCUACUGUGGCCACACAUUUUUGAGUAAAUAUGGACUUUUUUG